AGAAGCCCUGUACCAGCCUCCACAAUCCUACUGAUCUCAAGCUCCUACCUGUACAGGACCCAGGGCGGAUGUAUCUUAGUCUUUCUGACGUCCAGCGUGGAGCCAAGCACUGAACAGUAGUUGAUACAGAUGGCAUUGUCCCAGAUGGCCACAGAGCUUCUCCUGGCCUCCACCAUCUUCUGCUUGGUACUCUGGGCGGUCAAGGCCUGGCAGCCUCGGCUUGCCAAAGGCCUGAAGAGUCCACCGGGGCCCUGGGGCUGGCCCCUGCUCGGGAACGUGCUGACCUUGGGCAAGAGCCCCCACCUGGCGCUGUCCAGGCUGAGCCAGCGUUAUGGGGACGUGCUGCAGAUCCGCAUCGGCUCCACCCCCGUGCUGGUGCUCAGUGGCCUGGACACCAUCCGGCAGGCCCUGGUGCGCCAGGGGGAUGAUUUCAAGGGCCGACCCGACCUCUACAGCUUCUCUCUGAUUACCGACGGCCAAAGCAUGUCCUUCAGCCCAGACUCCGGACCAGUGUGGGCUGCGCGCAGGCGCCUGGCCCAGAACGCGCUCAACACCUUCUCCAUUGCCUCCGACCCGGCUUCCUCGUGCUCUUGCUACCUGGAAGAGCAUGUGAGCAAGGAGGCCGAGGCCCUUCUCAGCAGGCUGCAGGAGCAGAUGGCAGAGGUCGGGCGCUUUGAUCCCUACAGCCAAGUGCUGCUGUCAGUGGCCAAUGUCAUUGGUGCAAUGUGCUUUGGGCACCACUUCUCUCAGAGAAGUGAGGAAAUGCUCCCCCUUCUAAUGAACUCCAGUGAUUUUGUGGAGACCGUCUCCUCCGGGAACCCGGUGGACUUUUUCCCCAUUCUCCAAUAUAUACCCAACUCAGCCCUGCUGAGAUUCAAGAACUUCAACCAGACGUUCGUGCAGUCCCUGCAGAAAAUUGUCCAGGAACACUAUCAAGACUUUGAUGAGGUGGCAGUGCCAUAUAGGGUACCGCAAGGUCCAACCUGGAAGUGCCAUGGUGGCCGUAAGCUUGUGUCCCCACAGCGCAGUGUCCAGGACAUCACAGGCGCCCUCUUGAAGCACAAUGAGAAGAGCUCCAGGGCUAGUGGUGGCCACAUCCCCCAAGAGAAGAUCGUCAACAUUAUCAACGACAUUUUUGGGGCCGGAUUUGACACUGUCACAACGGCCAUUUCCUGGAGUCUUAUGUACCUUGUGGCAAACCCUGAGAUACAGAGAAAGAUCCAGAAGGAGUUGGACACGGUGAUUGGCAGGGCACGGCAGCCUCGCCUCUCUGACAGGCCCCAGCUGCCCUUAAUGGAGGCCUUCAUCCUGGAGAUCUUCCGACACACCUCCUUUGUCCCCUUCACCAUCCCCCACAGCACAACAAAGGACACGACACUAAAAGGCUUCUACAUCCCCAAGGAACGCUGUGUCUUUGUAAACCAGUGGCAGGUCAAUCAUGACCAACAGGUGUGGGGGGAUCCAUUUGCAUUCCGGCCAGAGCGAUUCCUCACUGCAGAUGGCACCGCCAUCAACAAGACCUUGAGUGAGAAGGUGAUGCUCUUUGGCAUGGGCAAGCGCCGGUGCAUAGGAGAGGUCCUGGCCAAGUGGGAGAUCUUCCUCUUCCUAGCCAUCUUACUGCAGCAGCUGGAGUUCAGCGUGCCAGCAGGUGUGAAAGUAGACCUAACCCCCAUCUAUGGGCUGACCAUGAAGCACACCCGCUGUGAGCAUGUCCAGGCACGGCCACGCUUCUCCAUCAAGUGAAGGCACCAGCAUGCCAAGGCAGAGGGAGGGGAAGGAUCACCCAUGGGGCCUCAGCCCUUGUUUUUUUUCCUUCUUCUUAAAUAAAAGUUUCAUUGAGGUAUAAUACAC